ACUGACAAGAAGGACCCCCAAGGGAACAGCACAGUCUCGGGAUUUGAAAUUCUUUUGCAGAAACAACUGAAAGGAAAGCAAAUGCAGAAGGAAAUGGCAGAGUUUAUUCGAGAAAGAAUAAAAAUUGAAGAAGAAUAUGCCAAGAACCUAUCUAAACUAUCACAGAACUCCCUGGCUGCCCAGGAAGAAGGGACACUUGGCGAAUCCUGGUCUCAACUAAAAAAAAGCAUGGCUGAUGAAGCAGAGGUUCAUCUUAAAUUUUCCUCUAAGCUUCAGACAGAAGUGGAGAAACCGCUACUCAAUUUCCGUGAAAACUUCAAGAAAGAUAUGAAAAAGUAUGACCAUCAUAUUGCUGAUUUGCGAAAACAGCUGGUUAGUAGGUAUGCAGCAGUGGAAAAGGCUCGAAAAGCAUUAACAGAGAGGCAAAAGGAUUUAGAGAUGAAAACACAGCAGUUGGAGAUAAAACUGAGCAACAAGACAGAAGAGGAAAUUAAAAAGGCCAGGCGGAAGUCUACUCAAGCUGGAGAUGAUCUCAUGCGCUGUGUGGAUUUGUAUAACCAAGCUCAGUCAAAAUGGUUUGAAGAAAUGGUAACCACCUCUCUGGAACUUGAGAGGCUAGAAGUAGAGAGAGUGGAAAUGAUUCGGCAGCACCUUUGCCAAUAUACACAGUUACGACACGAGACAGACAUGUUCAACCAAAGUACAGUGGAACCUGUGGAUCAGUUGCUUCAGAAAGUGGAUCCAGCCAAAGACAGAGAACUGUGGGUAAAAGAACACAAAACCGGUAACAUCAGACCUGUGGAUAUGGAGAUAUAGACUUCUGUGACCAGGUGGGCUUUUG